AUGUCAUCUCUAAACGUAGACGUGCUUUUUUUAGUAUUCGGAGAAUUAGAAAGUGAUAAUAAAUCUCUCUAUUCAUGUAUUUUAGUUAAUAAAGCUUGGUGUGCAACAGCGAUACCAAUUUUGUGGAGAAACCCUGGACAAUAUUUAAUUAAAAAACAUUCAAAGAAUAUACUAUCAAAUGUAAUACUUUCACAUAUACCAACGGAUAUUUUAAAAUUUCUUGAUUCCGAAUUUUUUGAAAAAACAUAUCAACGACCUUUUUAUAAUUACAUUCAUUUCUGGAAAUAUUUGGAUAUAACUUAUAUAACUAACAUAUUUUCAAAAUUUUCAACAGAUAAAUUCAAUGAGAUAAUAAAGUUAUUUAUUAAUAAGAAUACAAAAAUUAGUCAUCUUACUAUAGGCUAUGGUUUUGAUUGUCAUGAUUGUCGACUACAUCUUAUUCCGGGUGCCGAAUGUUGCCUUUCAGAACUUGAAUCUUUGCAUGUUAAUGUUGACAUGAGAAUAGAUAUUUUAGAAGGAUUAGCUACAAUUUGCAAAUCAAUUAAAAAAUUAAGAAUUGAUAGUUUAUGUAGCUUUUAUAACUCAUAUUACGGAAUUAUUAGACUAAUUGAAGUACAAGAAAACCUAAAUGAUGUUGAUAUUAGAAGACCUCUAAUUGGUUGUGAUGAUUAUAACAAAACCUUUGAAGAAUCAUUGAUAAAGCAUGCAGAUACCAUCAAAUAUUUGAGAAUAAAUUGGAAGCCUAAUACAAGUAUUCUUUCAUAUCUCGUAAAUUUAGUGAGUAUAGAUUUAAAAGAUACUCGUAAAGCAGAUUGGAGCCAGUUAGAGGAAGUAUCUUUACCUCUUUUAAAAAUUUUAAAAGCUAAAGCAAUUCCAUAUAAAUAUAUAGAAAAUUUAAUUAAAAGCACUAAAGGAAAUCUUUCUGAGAUAAGUAUAUGUUAUGAUUCUCUCAAUAGUAGAAUGCUUAUUCAAAUAAUUUAUCACAAUUGUCCAAAUCUUAGAUAUCUUAAACUAGUAUUGCUUGAUAAUAUUGAUUCAUUAUUUAUCAAAGCAUUUGAAAUUUUAUUAACUAAUAGUCAAUUUUUGAAUGAAUUAAAUAUUAGAGUGAAUAACGAUACUUUUGGAUGGAAGGAAUUAUUUGAAAUUUUGACUAAAUCAUCAUCAAUUAAUUUGUUUAAGUUUUAUUUUUAUUUUAACAAGAAAUUUAAGUUAGAAGAUUUAAAAUUCUUUUUUGAUAAUUGGAAAGAUAAAAAUCCUAUGUUGCUAAUUAUCAAUACUUUUUCUUUAGUCAAUAAAGUAAAACAAGAAUCAGAAGAUUUAAUGCAAGAAUAUAAAACAAAUGGAAUAAUUAAGAGAUUUGAGGUUUAUAAAAAUCAUUAUAAAGAUUUUGAAUGGAAUUAA